AUGUACCUCACAUCUCUCCACUGUAGCCUGACCUGCCAAUUUGCCACUGAGGCCUCCAGGCAUGCCCCGUGGGCUUCUCCACCAUGGGCUCGGACAAUUUAUGAAAACCGAAUAUACAGCCUUAAAAGAGAAUGUGGACCUAAAUACCCAGAAGCACCACCCUUUGUAAGAUUUGUAACAAAAAUUAAUAUGAAUGGAGUUAAUAGUUCUAAUGGAGUGGUGGACCCAAGAGCCAUAUCAGUGCUAGCAAAAUGGCAGAAUUCAUAUAGCAUCAAAGUUGUCCUGCAAGAGCUUCGGCACCUAAUGAUGUCUAAAGAAAAUAUGAAACUCCCUCAAACACCUGAAGGACAGUGUUACAGCAAUUAAUCAAAA